UAGGGAAAAAAAUUUAGAUUAGGACUUCUCUCGAAUAAUUUUUGUCACUCAUCAUCUCGAAAAAUGGAAGAAAUCUGGUCAAAAGUCACGUCAACGUUGAAUCUCGAUGCCACUGCGAGUCAAAUCUGGCUGGAAAAGCUCAAAGAACGCUACAACGACACGACAGUGCGACACUAUCACACCGAAGACGAGAUGUUAAAAUCAAAAUUAGCAUAUUUAGUGGAUCAGAAGCCCUCGGUUGUGCUCGCCGUUCUCUUUCAAUACUACGAACUCGACUCCCAAGGCAACUCCAUCGAGAUGAACUGCCAAGCGUUCAAGGAAUUCUGCAAGGACACCGCCCUAAAUGACGAAAAUCUCGUGCAGCACGUUUUGCGUCUUCUGGGCGACCCGUCGGCGAAUGUCUUCGACAUCGAGGACGAUUUAAACUUUUUGCAAGACCUGGAUUUGGUUUAUCUGAGUUCCAGUGCGGAAGAUUUCAGGCGACAACGGGAACUUUUGCGACUGGAAUACAAACAGAUGAACGACAAACAGUACAAUUCGAUGCGAUUGAAGUUUUUGGAGACUUUUUUGAAUGUUUUGCCGUGCAUUUAUUCGACGACGCAGUUUAGGGAGCAGUUUGAGGAGGCGGCAAAGGCGAAUAUUACAGCGGAAGUGGAAGAAUUGAAGGCUCUCGUGUAGAUUUGGAAGCUUUGUACUUUGAGAAAUUGGUGGAUUUGCUAAAAUUGGGAGGAAAUUUGAAGAAUUU